UACACAGGGUACUUAUGUGGAGGGUAUAAAGGAAGAAGUUGUUUUAUCGCCAGGACAUCUCUUUCUUUUAUUGCUGCUGGAGAAGAGCAUCGUCAUGUUGGGUCAAACAAUUUUAAUCUGUUCAGCAGCCGAAGUCAUACGAUUUUUACACUUAUGAUUGAAAGCAGUGCCCAUGGUGAUGAAUAUGAUGGAGUGAUCUUCUCUCAGCUUAACUUGAUUGAUCUUGCUGGAUUAGAGAGCUCAAAAACUGAAACAACUGGACUAAGAAGAAAAGAAGGAUCUUAUAUAAACAAAAGUCUUCUGACACUUGAAACUGUUAUAGGAAAAUUAAGUGAGGGGAAAGCAUCUCAUGUUCCAUAUCGAGACUCAAAGCUUACCCGCCUCCUGCAGUCUUCACUAAGUGGGCAUGGCCAUGUUUCAGUGAGUUUGGGUUUUACUCCACUUUGGUUCAAUUGUUCAACUGUAUUUCUUCCUUAUGCUAAUUAAGUGGGGCUAUGGCUUUUUAAUAGGUUUUCUUUUACUUUCUUCCUUGUCAUGUAUAUGUUGUAACGUUG